AUGACAAGAAGUACAGGAACCAGGCUCUAUCGCGCCUGCAUUCGAUGCCGACAGCGAAAGACAAAAUGUGACCUGUAUUAUGAGAGCAGUAGUGGACAUCAGCCGUGUUCAAAAUGUUCCACAGAGGGCUUUGACUGCGUCGUAGCCGGAUCAAGCCGAGGCGGCGACUAUUCACACCUCCGGAAACGACGCAGGUGCCAAUACAGACGACAAAUAAUCCGCAAUUCCGAUGGUUCAGAAAACCAGAGCAUCAGUCCUAAGCUGUCAAUGGACAACGUCCCUGAGGAGAGCCAAGGCUAUGAUAUUCAUGGCGGGAUACAAAACCCUCUAGAAGCGCUCCAAAUCCUGGCACAGACGGCGUCUAGCGAAAGAGUGACUUACAGAAGAGCCUCUACACUUCCUGAACUUCCCAAAAAUAACCUAGAAUUUCGAGAUGGAACAGGCAGUCAUGUUCCUGGAGAUAAGCCCAGUCUGAGGGAAAGUGAGAUUAUCCAGGAUGGCGUUGUAGACAUACAAAUGCUCGAGCCUCUUUUGCAGUACUAUGCCAGCAACCACCACCCCUAUUUACCAAUUGUACCAAGCCAUUUGAUAUCUGGCGAAACGAUGAAGCAUCAUUGGGCUUACGAGCCAUUUUUGCUAGCCGCGGUACUAACGAUAUCGACGCAGAACCGGCAAGGCUUAGAGUCUCUACACACCAGAGUCCUAGGCUAUAUGGAGAAACUCCUCCUUCGUGUAGUCCUGGGCUCCAGGAAUGUUCGACAGGUCGGCUCAGUGGAAGGCCUAUUGUUGUUAGCUGAAUGGGUACCGCAUAUCAACUCGGGGACCAAUCAAGGAGAAACAUCUGAGGAAGAUAGCCUGGCGUGGAACCUCAUCGGACUGGCAGUUAGGCAAGCCUAUUUGUUCCAUUUGGAAAGAUAUUCCUUUCGCGGAGAAGGGAAAGCCGAGUCGGAACCAGUUGCGAGUCGGAAGCGAUUGGCCUGGAUAUUCACUUACCUUGCAGAUCGCCAGAUAUCCAUUCAGAUGGGUCAAGCAUUUUGGUGUCGCGGACCAGGUCUAUCUGCUCGAUUCACGGCGCAUGACUACCCUUCAUUGCGCCCUCAGAGGGCUGGACAAUCUGACUAUGCAUCAUUUGUACAAGCUCAGGUUGAAUUAACAACCAUCUUUGGAAAUGUACACGACAUCCUGUAUGCUUCCAAGUCACACACAGGGCAGUUGAUUCUCAUGGGUGACUACACAAAGUAUCUAGACGACGGUGCAAAGGCACUCGACAUGUGGAAAAUGUCAUGGAGCAAUGUCAAUGUGCCCAGCCACCUCAAUGGGCUCCUAACACUCCAGUUUGAAUACCUGCGACUUUAUAUCAACGCUUUCGCAUUCCAAGCCGUUCUUUAUCGAUCAUCCGGAAUUGAUCCUGCGUCGGAUCAUGAAAAAGGGGUGUCUUGUUUCCCUUACAGUGUCAUGGCGAGCCCUGAUGGUCGUCACAUCUACAUUGCCAUUGAUGCAGCUCAGAACGUUCUAAGGGAGCUCCUAGAUCAGCUUAAUCCCUCGAGGCAUUUGCGAUUCCUGCCUGUGCGAUAUUAUAUGAGUGAGAUCCAUGCAUCGGUAUUUCUUUUCAAGGCCCACACAGUCGGAGCAUUAAGCCCAGGAGAAUAUCAAUCCUGUUUUACUCUAAGCAGGCAGUUCAUUUCGAUGCUCAAAGAUGCAGCUACCACUCCAACACACAUUGCUUCCAAGUACGCAAAGUUGCUUGCAAGCCUAUGGUUCCAAGGACAGUCGACCACAGAAGCUACAAAGGCGAUCUUUCAUGCACCAAGCCCAGAAAAAAGAUCAACUGCUACUCCCUCUCUUCCACCGGCAGCCCUAGAGGAACUACAAGACAUCCCCGAGGGUGCCGCUUCUGGGGAUACAGGCAUGCAGUAUCCGAUCACGGACAGCUUCCCAGAUACUGCAAGGCUAUCAUUCAUGGACUCUGCCGACCUUCUGCAUUGUCCGGAUGUGUUCUUGGCGAAUUUGCCUUUCCUACGGGCCGGAUUUCCUGACCUUGAUGAUGAUGGCGCAGAUCCGUUUUUAAUGUCGGAUCUUCACCAUCUUUAA